CACGAGUCGGACGGCGCUACACUGCAAGAGAGGGGCUUCACAGAGAGAAAUACAGUCGGCAUAUAAUGGAAAGUGAACAGGUUGGCGUGUUCGCCCUGUAAGUUGAGGACCGUCCGAGUGAAUUCGACUAUUUAAUGAAGUUUCAAGUCCAGCGUGUGUGAUUGACGCGUCCGUACAGAUGCUGGCCGCUCCGGUCUCGCCGGGGGAGGAGAGGUUUUGACAUCGUUAGAUUUGUUGUUAUUAUAAUCAGCUGACCGGUGCUGAAAUCGCUCCGUUUGCUGUUUUCUAAAAAGCGGCGAUGAGCGCUUGUCAGGACAACACGUCUUUGAGUUGUUCGCAAAGCAGGGAAAAUGUCAGCGGCGGUGAAUGGGGAAGGAUGGAGGAUGCGUGCGAGUCCUGCUUUGACGAACCCACGGGCGACGCGAUACGCGCCGGGAUGGAUGCGGUGCAGCCGGGCAUAGACGGACAUCUGCCGCUGCCCCGAGGCCAACGAGGACUGAUGCUAGGCCUGGUGGAAGAGGGUUUCGCUGCCUAUCAUGGCCGUCUCGGUUCUGAUCCGGACUCAGAUUAUCUCGACAUCCCCGGCGACCCGAACUACAGCGAAAGUAACGGGAACGUCGCCACGAAAAAGCGCAGCCGCUCCAACAGCUCGCGGCACCGCGGGGAAGUUGUCACGGAACUCGGACCCGAAGAGGUGCGCUGGUUCUACAAAGAGGACAAGAGGACCUGGAAACCGUUUGUUGGACACGAUUCUUUGAAAAUCGAGUUGGCGUAUCGCAAAUUCUGCGAACUUAAUCCGAACGAGGUCAGACGGAGGGAUGCGGGUGAAGAAGCAGAGAAUUUAUUCGAGUCGCCGUCAGGAUGCGAAGCACCGGCGGUCCGAAGACAGUCGGCGGCGGCGGUGGCAGCGCAACCGGUACCCGAGAGCGCGGAUGCUGGAUGCUCAACAGACGAGACGGAGCUGGAUUCAGAAAGCAUCAACGUGGACGCAGUGUGCGUCCGUGGAGGACUCUACGAGGUGGACAUCAAAAAGAAAGACUGUUAUCCUGUAUACUGGAACCAACAGGACCACAUCCCGGUCAUGAGAGGCCAGUGGUUCACGGAUGGGACCUGGUUGCCGCUGGAGGAAGAGGACAGUGACCUCAUUGAACUGGAGCAUCUGGCCCGUUUCCGAGGCCAGCAGAUGAAAGACACCUUUGACACGGAAGCGGUGGCCACCACGGUGGACAGCAAAGAUGCCAUUCACAGUCUGAAACUGAGCCGGAGCCACGUGGACUGGCACAGCGUGGAUGAAGUGUACCUUUACAGCGAUGCUACCACUUCUAAGAUCGCACGGACUGUUACUCAGAAACUGGGAUUCUCUAAAGCGUCCAGCAGCGGGACCCGUCUCCAUCGAGGUUACGUGGAGGAGGCGGCUCCAGAGGACACGCCUCCUGAAACAACGCACAUAGUCUUUGUGGUACAUGGGAUUGGCCAGAAGAUGGAUCAGGGGCGUAUCAUUAGAAAUACAAGCAUGAUGCGUGAUGCUGCCCGCAAGAUGGAGGAGAAGCACUUUUCUGAGCGAACAAAUGAACACGUUGAGUUCCUUCCUGUGGAAUGGCGAUCUAAACUCGCCCUUGAUGGAGACACCGUGGACUCCAUUACUCCAGACAAAGUGCGAGGUCUGAGAGACAUGCUGAACAGCAGUGCAAUGGACAUUAUGUACUACACGAGUCCUUUGUACAGGGAUGAGAUCACCCGAGGUCUGACCAAAGAGUUGAACCGACUCUACACGCUCUUUUGUGAGCGCAACCCAGAAUUUGCAGAGAAAGGAAAGGUGUCCAUCGUCUCCCACUCGCUCGGCUGUGUCAUCACCUUUGACAUCAUGACAGGGUGGGACCCUGUGCGCUUUGUUCAUGAAGAGGUGCCAGAUGCCAUGGAGGCUGAUGUUAGCAGACAAGAGCGCCAGCUACUGGAGGACCUUCGUAACACAUGCUUAAGAAUGAGGGAUUUGGAAGAUACGCUUCGGCAUUUACAAACUUCAUCCUCAAAACCCUUUCCAGCCCUGAAAUUCAAGGUGGAGAACUUCUUCUGCAUGGGAUCUCCUCUGGCUGUGUUUUUGGCUUUGCGAGGGGUCCGUCCUGGAACCAACGGAACACAGGACCACUUCCUCCCCAAAUCCAUCUGCCAGAGACUUUUCAACAUCUUUCAUCCCACGGAUCCUGUAGCAUACAGGUUGGAGCCUCUCAUCCUGAAGCAUUAUAGUAAUAUAUCACCUGUCCAGAUUCACUGGUACAACACCAGCAGCCCCACACCGUAUGACCAGAUCCGUCCCACUCUACUUAAUCCGUCAAAGGAAAGUGCUUCUGUGUCCGAUACGGAGAGCCUCCCGAGCCCCUGCACCUCCCCUCCACAGCCCCGCAGACACUACGGCGAGUCUAUCACCAGCCUGGGCAAGGCCAGCAUUAUGGGUGAGAUAGAGAGAGAGAUCAUUAAAGGCGUCUGGAAUAGUAAAACACUCGCAGGGUACAACACCAGCAGCCCCACACCGUAUGACCAGAUCCGUCCCACUCUACUUAAUCCGUCAAAGGAAAGUGCUUCUGUGUCCGAUACGGAGAGCCUCCCGAGCCCCUGCACCUCCCCUCCACAGCCCCGCAGACACUACGGCGAGUCUAUCACCAGCCUGGGCAAGGCCAGCAUUAUGGGAGCGGCAAGUAUAGGUAAAGGCAUUGGCGGUAUCCUGUUCUCCAGAUUUUCCCGCUCUAGUGGACAGGUGUGUGGUGUGGAGGAGGAGCCAUCAGACUCUGAAGGCGGGGCUUGUGAGAAAGGGGAAGAGUGUCGGCCUGUAGAGUUAGACGAUAAACUGGAGGAGAAAACAGAGGAGAAAAUUGAGGAGAAGACAGGAGACACCAGCAUGUCACAAUCAGCCUCUACCAUUAUGGAUAACUCAUCCUUGGAGCUUGAGAAACGCAUCGACUUUGAGCUGAGGGAGGGUCUGGUGGAGAGCCGCUACUGGUCAGCCGUGACGUCGCACACAGCCUAUUGGUGCUCCCACGAUGUGGCUCUGUUUCUGUUAACAUUCAUGUACAGGCCAAAUGAAGCGAAUGACAUGCCAGAGGACAACCCCGAAUCAUAACAAACACGCAUAUGAACUCUGACACAGCACCACCCUUGAUCGCUCCCUUAAUAUAGUUUAGACCUUGUUCACUGUGCAUCAGAGAUCCUGUCCUUGCCUUGUUUUCCCUCCAUUUAGAAGCACAUCCAUGGAAGAGACUUACUCUCUCCACUACAUCCCCCAAUUAGGAUUGGAAAUUCUGACCAUUCCCACCUUGCAGCGGUCUCUCCAUAUUGACUGAUGUGUAUUGACAUUGUUGUGGUUGUUUAGUAUGACUGACAAAGAUCUGCUGAAUUGGAGGUUCACGAUCAGAAGGGUUUUUUGAGAAGUACAUAAGAUGCGUUUUCUUGCCUAAAAAGAAUAGUUUUGAAGAAUUUUAUAAUUUAAGCAUAAAUAUUAUGUUUAUUUUAGAUGAUAAAACACAAUCUGUAUCACUCCUAAAAGUGGCCAAAUAUUGAGUAGUUAAUUUGAAGAGAAUAACCAUUAGUAAACGUGGUUCAGCCAAAAAUAUCAAUUCGGUUAUUAUUUAUUCACCCUCAUGUUGUUCCAAAUUCAUGUGAUUUUCUUACGUCAGUGGAACACAAAAGGAGAUAUUUUGAAGAAUUGUACUAGUUGUUGUUUACACAUUA